UUUCAGUCGGUGAAGAAACGAGACGAUCGAAGAAGUGAAACAGAGAAAAUAAAAAUCAUCCCAAGAGGAAACAAGCAGAAAGAAGAAGAAGAAGAACUUUGUGGUGUCAAGGUUUAGCUCCUCCCACUGAUGACAGCGGUGAGUUUGGCUCCGCCCACGCCUCCACAGCUCCGUCAUGGCUGAGAAAAAGCGAUCAGGUUUACCUCCGCUGCCUUCGCCGUCCCAUCACAACGGAAGGAUCAAGUGUUCUCCGCUUCCCCACCGUAAUGGGGGUCUGGAGUCCAUCCCGGGACGCAGCACUGCCCCACCCCAUGCACCCAGCAGCAGGACCUCCAGCUCCCCCCUCAGGACCCUGCGGACCCUUGGAGGUCUCAUGAGUCCCAUGGCGGGUCCCAGUCCUGAAGACAGCCCUGGCUCCAGCAGGCCCCGGGGUCAGAGUCUGGGGUCUGCUCUGAGCUCCAGGACCAGAUCCCUGAGCUCCAGAACCAAGCGCAGGAGCAGCCAGCAGGAGGAGCCAGAGGCCCUGCUGGACCUGAUCCUGGAGUGUCAGGGUCAGAGACUCGAGGACCAGAGAGCCAGCCUCAGCCUGCUGCCCGACCCAGGACCGGCUGCUCUGUGUGGAGCCUGCAGCCCGGACCAGCCCCCACUGCCCGGUCUGGACUUUUACUACAUGCUCAUUCACUACCAGUCUGACAGAAUGGAGGACCAGAGGUGCUCCUUGCCUGAUCUGGACGAUGUGGUGGGUUCGGUUCCGGAGGGUCAGGAGGACUUCUUCAGUCUGGUUCAGAGAGUCCAGUCCAGAAGGAUGGACGAGCAGCGAGCCUCGCUGACGCACACAGAGGACGAAGUCAGCACACACACGGCUGGCUCCUCCCCCCAUCAUCAUCAUCAGCAUCAUUAUCGUCCCUGAUGAAGAGUCUGAGCUGGUGCUCUUUAAACUGUUUCAGACCGUCUGACUGUGGACCACAGUGUGGAUCUCGUCAUCAGGAUCCAGGUGUAGAUGUGACCCUGACCUCAGACCUCUGACCCAAACAGCCCUGAUGUCUUCCUGCUGUACGACGUCUUAGCAGUUAAAGGUUUCUGUUUGUUCUGGACCACUGAGUUUACGCGCACUAAUGCUCCUAACCCUGAAUCUGAAAGAGGUCCAUAAUGAGUCCUCCCCUGACGGACACCUGCAGGAAUAUUAUUGGAGGUUAUGGGAGAUUCAUUCUCAGCUCAGCAGGAAGGUUUUUCCUUUUCAGAAUAAGAGCAAAACCAGAAUAUUUUGUGUUUGUAAACUUUUUCUUCAUAACAUGUGUUGAUUGUCUCUGACCUGCUGUUCCCUCCACUGACCUGUCCCCCUGUGGGAAAGAGUCCCUGAACCGGCUCCUGGACCACUUACUGAACAGGGUUUUCAAAUCCUGAGAAAGUCUGUGGACGAAUCCUGAUGAGUUGCUGAUUGGGUCUUUGCUGAGCCCUCAGGGUCCUGGACAUCAGACCACACAGACCAUAUCCACAGUCUUUCCUGAAUAAUUACUUUUAUUAUGUUUCUGCUGGCGUCCGCUCCACAACAGACUCCUGAACACGCUGCUGACCCAAUUUUAAUUUAAAAACUUGAUUUUUACUUGAAAACCUGAGUUUUACUUUGAAAACCCAAGAUUUUACUUUAAAAAU